GCAUUUAAGAACUACAAAACCAAACCAAAAAAUCUCAAUUUUCAAGAACUAAAAAUUAAAAUAAAUUUCAUUUAAUUAAACUGUAACCCAUUAAACCAUGUCGGAACACGAUCAAGUUCAGCAACCGUUAUUACAAGAAACAGCGUACGAAUCAGACGAGAAAGUCCACAUCGUGGGCGUUGAUUCCGACGAAAAUCUCGACUCGGGUACCAAAACGCCGCCGUUUUCAUGGAGAAAGCUCUGGUUAUUUACCGGGCCGGGUUUUUUAAUGUCGAUAGCGUUUCUUGACCCGGGGAAUUUGGAGGGUGAUCUUCAAUCGGGUGCAAUUGCCGGGUAUUCGUUACUGUGGUUACUUUUAUGGGCUACUGCAAUGGGUUUGCUUGUGCAGCUUUUAUCGGCGAGACUCGGUGUGGCGACUGGGAGACAUUUGGCUGAGUUGUGUAGAGAGGAGUAUCCGAGUUGGGCUAGGUUGGUUCUGUGGGUUAUGGCCGAGUUGGCUUUGAUUGGAGCUGAUAUUCAGGAGGUUAUUGGGAGUGCUAUUGCUAUUAAGAUUUUGAGUAAUGGUGUUGUUCCUUUGUGGGCUGGUGUUAUUAUUACUGCUUCUGAUUGUUUUGUCUUCCUAUUUCUCGAGAACUAUGGUGUGAGGAAACUGGAGGCAGUUUUUGCUGUUCUCAUUGCAACAAUGGCCGUAUCAUUUGCAUGGAUGUUUGGAGAAACAAAACCCGAUGGCAUGGAGCUUCUUCUGGGUGUCCUAAUUCCAAAACUUAGCUCGAAAACAAUAAGGCAAGGAGUUGGCGUGGUGGGUUGCGUUAUCAUGCCUCAUAACGUCUUUUUGCAUUCUGCUCUUGUGCAGUCAAGGGAUGUCGACCAUAGAAAAAAAGGCCGGGUUCAAGAAGCUCUGAGAUACUACUCCAUAGAAUCCACUAUUGCACUUAUAAUAUCAUUCAUCAUUAAUUUAUUUGUGACAACUGUGUUUGCAAAAGCUUUUUACGGUACAGAACUUGCAAAUAGUAUCGGCCUAGUGAAUGCCGGGCAGUACCUCCAAAACAAAUAUGGCGGUGGAGUUUUCCCAAUCUUGUACAUAUGGGGUAUUGGAUUAUUAGCAGCUGGCCAAAGUAGCACCAUUACCGGUACUUAUGCAGGGCAGUUUAUCAUGGGAGGUUUCCUCAACUUAAGAUUGAAAAAAUGGUUGAGGGCAUUGAUCACCCGGAGCUUCGCAAUUGUCCCGACUAUGAUUGUUGCACUUGUUUUCGAUACCUCUGAGGAUACACUGGAUGUUCUAAAUGCAUGGCUAAAUGUUCUUCAAUCAGUUCAAAUUCCUUUUGCCGUUAUCCCUCUUCUUUGCUUGGUCUCUAAGGAGGAACUCAUGGGCACUUUUAAAAUUGGUCCUGUUCUCAAGAUGGUAUCAUGGCUUGUCGCUGCUCUAGUAAUAGUGAUCAACGGAUACCUUUUGGUCGACUUUUUCUCGAAAGAAGUGAACAGUGUGCCCUUUGCCUCCGUAGUAUCAAUUUUCACAGCUGCGUAUGUUUCUUUCAUAAGUUACCUCAUAUUCAGGGGGAUUAGCUUCACCUCGUGGUUAUAUCCACAGAAACAAGUAGUGGUAAUUGCGUAAUUAAACUACAAUUACACGAUAAACUAAAUGCGGAACUGUAUCUGUGCAAGAAUCGCCUUUUCACUUUCAGGCAUGAAGUAUUUUUCUUCUCAGUAUAGGGCUAGAUGUGUACAAAUUUUGCUUACUGUAUUGCUGUUGUUCAUAUGAAAGACGCAGCGGCUUCAAUCUGUAUUGUAGAAGUUAGAUUUGGUUUCGUAAAGCUCGUCUAGCCGGCGCCACUGGUCGGAAGAAGCAUAGCUUGCUGUUGCAGCAUUCUUUGAAACCAUCUGAGGUCUAGUUGUACUUUCUUUAUUAUGGUGGAUUAAACAUUAAUGUAAGAGCUAUUUUCAAUGCAUAUUUUUGCCAUUUUGGUUGGUUUUUAA